GUAUCGCGCUUUACUCACUAGUCGGUCUCAGCUCCAUUCACAAAAUCAGCAGAGAUUCCAAACUCAGUGGAAGUUGCAGCAGAAUCUGAGGAACUUCUUACCAUUAAAAAAAAAAAAAAAAAGCUUGCACUGAUCCUAAGCUUUAUCCAGUGGCAGAAAAACACCUAGUGAUGUUUUACUAGACCUUCUUCUUUCCUUCAGGGCGCUGAAGCACAUUCUUUCUGGUCUAAGGGCAGUGGUGUUGUGACGAUGCAGCUGUGGGCCCAAAUAUGGCAACUUGUACUGCUCCCCCUGCUGCUAUUACCAGCGUCAUUCUGCAGCACAUGUCCCCAGCACUGCAGCUGCCAGGCCACAGGUUACAUCUUCUGCAUACAGCGACGUGCUUCCACCAUGCCCCGAAACCUGCCUGCCUCUACACACAAUCUGUACGUGUUUCAGAAUGGAAUUAACUUCCUGCAAGAGCAGGACUUCCUUGGUCUGGUUGAUCUGGAACUGCUGGACCUUAGCCAGAAUGAACUUUCAGUGAUUCCUGAUGGGGUUUUUGGCUCUCUUACCUCCCUGCGCAACCUCGAUCUCUCUUCAAACAAAAUUACUCAAAUCUCUAAAGACAGCUUUAAUGGGUUGCUGAAACUGGAGAGGUUGUAUAUCCACAACAAUCGCAUCCAGAGCAUUCACCCAGCUGCAUUUCAGGGAUUGGAGCACCUGUUGGAGUUGAAGCUUCAGGGAAACCAGAUCAGUGUACUUCCCACUCUGCAUCUUCCCAGAUUGCUGUUGCUUGACCUCAGCUUCAACGGUAUUCCUGCACCUGGACCUGCUGACCUGCAGACGCCACACUUAGAGUCACUAAAGUUGGCUGGGCUGGGGCUGACCACUUUGGAUGAAGGAUUACUGAGAAGCCUGGGAAAUCUUCAUGAUCUAGAUGUAUCUCAGAACAAGCUAGUAGGAAUGCCACAUGCAAUAAUAUCUGCAAAAGGGCUAACUCGGCUUAACUUAGCAGCUAACCCUUUCGGCCCUCUUCGUAAGGAGGACUUUAAGAACCUGGUAGGAUUGCAAGAGCUGGAUCUGAGUAGCCUGAACCUGCAGGGAUUCCCUGUUGACUUUUUCCAGGUGUUUCCCAAGCUACAUCACCUAACGGCUGCACAGAACCCUUUCAACUGUGUUUGUUCACUGUCCUGGUUUCCCAACUGGAUGAAGAAUGCAAACGUGGAACUUGGAAGGAUUGAGGAGACACGCUGCCACUUCCCUCUCAUAAAUGCAGGCAGGAUGCUUUCUGAGCUGGAACACAAAGACUUUGGCUGCCCUACCACCAUCACUGAACUGUCUGAGGUACUUACUAGCAGCAGCGUGCAUAAUACUCCAGACCCCACCACUGCUCCACAUACCACCAUUAAUGUCCCUGCUUUUGUCCCCAGUGAGGUGUUACCAGUUGAGCAAGACAAGCAUGUGCCCUUUGAGGCCUCUGCCUCUCCCAGAGGUAGCAAGAAACAUGAGGAGCACAUGUGCCCUCCAAACAUCUGCCUGAAUGGUGGUACAUGCAAGUUCGACCAAAGGGGGCAAGUAAAUUGUCUGUGCCCUCUGGGUACAUCGGGGAUAUACUGUGAAAACCAAGAUGAGUCCCAACCUCCUCCGUUGUCCCCGAGAGUUGCUGUGGUGACGGUUCCUGACCGGGAACCAGACAAGAUUAGCUUCCAUCAUGUAACCAGCACCUCAAUUUCUCUGGACCUGCACCGGUACAUUGAGUCCCGGCCCAACAUCCGUGGAAUUCGUCUGACUUAUCGCAACCUGUCUGGUCCUGACCGCAGACCGCUCCAACUCAAUGUACCUGCAUCAUACCCAGAGUACACACUGAGAGGGCUACAGCCCAACUGUACAUAUUUAGUUUGUGCCAGUCCACUGGAUGAGCCUGUAGAGGAAGCUGUCAGCUCCUGCAUGGAUGCUCAUACUGCUGGAGCUUCUCAGCAACCCACUGUGAAUAGGCCUGAACCUUUCUCCAUUCUUGUACCCAUACUGGUAGCGGUAGCUGUGGUGAUGGCAGUGGCCAUAGUUGCAGCAGUGGUGGUGGUUUUACGGAGAAAAAGGGCGAAAACUCCCACGGAUAUGGAUCUAGGUGAACCAACCACCCCUUUUGAGUUAGAAGGUGUGAAGAUGGGUUUGGAGAAUGGAACAUCAUCCCAGAAACAGGCUGAGAUCUUGCCAUACCCGCCAGCAUCUCAGAACGGCAUGGACUACGAGGUCCCAUUGAUCCAAGAACAAUUCGCAUCCAACAACAACACAGAUCAGAGGAUACCAUCAUACUUUUAGCACUGCUCUGACUUCCAGCACCUAGGGAGAGGUGCAAUCUAAUAACCCCUGCAGGCGGGUCAAGUGCAAACACAGUGCAGUCGCAUGGUUUGAGUGUUAAAAGUGACUUUUGUCAAAGUAUUUAAACAAAGUGCAAUUGCCAACUGAGGUAUUAUUUGUUGCUGAAAGUGCCUUUUUGCAUGCCCGGCUUCAACUGCACUGUUCUCUAAUAAAUUCGAAAGGACAGAGAGUGCACAGACUUAUGCUGGUGUUGGACACAGACAUAACCAGAGCGUGACCAGAGUGUGAAAGAAUUUUAACAUAUCUGCCUUUAGACUGCAGUCCACCUGAUUGGAUUUGUGCAACUCCAAAAGCUUGUCAUGGUACACAGGUCCCAGACCGGAUUAAUACCACUUUGAAAUAUGAUGAUGAAAAACAGGAUUGACUGCUCAUCGAAAAGGACAUUACGAGGGAAUCAUUUUGCCUUUCGAAAAACAUGCACUGACAUGAGUCUGAGGUCUGUGACUGUGCCUGCACUGAUUAGAACUUUCAAAUUUGUGUUCAAAAGGGCUAAAUUAGAGAACGUGGACAGAUUGUUCAGCCGUCAUUCCUUCAUGCUGCAGCUUCAAAAACACUUCCUUCCCUGGCCCUCAAAUAUUUUUUAGAGAUUUGCUGUGAAAGAAAAAUGAUGAAGAGACUUUACCCUUGUGCAUAGUUUUGUGUUGUAUAUGUGAAUAUUGUCUGUUUUUGAGCUGAUAUUUUAUUUUUCUAAUGUUUUAUAUCUCGAAGCUGCAGACAUUGAUACCAGAGCCUCUAUAUUUUACCAUUUGCUUUGUAAUCGUGAGCACUUGAAAAACUGGUUUGCAGUCCGUCGUCUGACAAAUUGUAGAUCACAAUGGCAUUCUGUUUUAUACUAUUGCAGUGUAUCACUUAUCGUUCGGUACUUCUCGUGUACUUUAGCAAUCAGCCAUUGCAUUAUGACCAGACUUAACAGCCGUACGUGGCUUCAUUUAAGCUCACUGCAUUAUGAAGAGCCCUUUCACAAGGAUAUUGACUGUUUUUUGUCCCAGAAGCUCCAAAUACCCAGCAAUUGAACUAACUACUGAGACACUCAGAAGUAAUGAGAUGGUUAAAUACAAACUUUAAUAAUAGGUCUUUUUGUAGUAACUUCAGACAUAAUACACAAUGAUACACCAAGACCUAAAGGGAACUUGGAGUCUUUCAGCAAAUUUGGCCAUGUUGCUUCAAAUUAAUCCCAAGUGUGUAUGUGUGUGUAUGUGAGCUUUGCUGCCAGCGGACUGCGAAAAAGUUCAAAGCCAAGUGAAUGUUGUUUAUACAUGGUCUGCCUGGAGCUGAAAUUUCUAACACGUAAAGGGAAAAAUCCACCCUGAACCACUCUAAACGAGCUGACUUUAUUUUUUAGUUCACUUCUUUCAGACGUGUUGGUUUAUUUUUACUUUGGUUAAUGGUUUUCUACAUUACCCACAAUGCUGUUCUGCCUCCUUAUAGUGAUGCAGUGGGAUUUAGCCCUUGCAUCAUCUCCACCUAAAUGAGUGAUGCAGCGGCGCUUUAGUCCUUUAGUCCUCUGUCCAGCUCUCUCACCUCCUCAUCUGUACACUCUGCUCAAGCAGAUCAGCUUCCAAAGCUUCUACUUGAUAAUGCCACCAUCAACACAAUCGCGCACGUCAUUCCGUAGACCGCUAACAAGCCGAGCCGAGUCAUAUAGCUGCAUUGCAUUCUGGAGCUUUGAGCCCAGCAUUUGCUGCGUCCACCACUUCUACUUUGAAUUUUCAUUUAAUUUGAUUAUGAACUUUGCCGGAAAAUGGAAUUAACAGUGAAACCUUUGCUGGCAUUGUCCCCCUUCAUGCAAGUGCAUCACACAACCACUAACUUCUCACAGGAAUUAAAGAUAAUACAGCACCAGCCAACAAAUUAGCACCAGAACGAAUAUAACAACAAACACAUUUCAUGUGUUUCAGGGUGGAAUUUUCCUUUUAAACAAAAGCAACGUCUCCUUUCUCUACUAAAGUUGUAAACAUCACGAAUCCAUUAGUACACUUAAUCCUUUUUUUCCCUGGAAAUACAGCCAAGAUUUUCUCAAUAAAUAACAGCACAUUUUAAAACAUAUCAAUCCGACUAGAUGGAAAAAGCGUUUUCAGCUCUGGAGUCUCCGUUGAUUUGAGCGUUCUUCACUCCUGCUUGUUACCCAAGUACCUCCCAGUCUGCGCAGAUGGCCUCGGCACCCAGCACAUCUAAACAUUUAAACUGGAAAGAGGAGCCGCUUCACACAGCGCAAGGGAUCGAAACUAUUUGAAACAUUUGCAAAGCUUUUUCAAGUUCCCUGUUUAACUUGGGGAGUUUAUUAUUUCUUUCGGUAAUGUUUUGUGUAUGCAAAACCGAGGCUUGUCUUGCUCUCUCUCUCUCUCUCUUUUUUUUUUUUAAACUGUAAAAACACAUAUGUGUUUUAAAAAAGAUAAAAGAUGUCUUUUGAGAAAAUACAAAAAAUAGCUCUCUGGUCUGCGUUCUUGCUUGCUGUAAUCAUUUACUUGGCUGUGGAUUGGUGCUUAAGCUGCAAAACUGUAGCAUUGUGUUCUUUCCUUUCACAAAUCAUGUGGCAAUAACGUACACUAAUUCCUGCUGAGCCAGUCUAUGAGUCAGUAGUAUUAGAGUAAGAAAGUUGAUCUGGGAUCAGACCUUUGUUUUUUCUUGUUGUUAUUAUGUGAACAGGAAGGAUUCAAAUAUUGUGCAAUGGACAGCUGGUCUCAGUCCAUUUUAAGAAUUAGUUCUUGUAGGAAAGGAGCAAGGUUUUACCUAACGUUUAACGUUAAAAAAACAAA